AUGGAAAUGCCUGCAAGAAGAUCCAACUACUCGCUCCUCAGCCAAAUUCCCGACGACCAGUUCUCCGGCGCCUCCGCACCGUCAUCCUCCGGCGACGGCAAGACCGGCCGUGCUGGAAAGUCGGACCGCGUCUUCGACUGGGACCUCGUCGCCGAUCACAGGGCGGCUCAGCAGGGGGCCAACCGGAUCGGAAACUUGUACUCCUCGAUCGGCCUUCAGAGGCAGUCUAGUGGGAGUAGCUACGGCGAGAGCUCGCUCUCCGGCGGCGGCGACUUCUACGCUCCGACGCUGUCCACGGCGGCGGCCAGUGACGUUGAGGCCUUCGGCUACCUCCACGACGAGCGGAGCAAGUUCUCCGAGGCGCCGGCGAGGAUCGCCGGUUCCUCCGGCAAGAGCUGGGCGCAGCAGACGGAGGAGAGCUACCAGCUGCAGCUCGCGCUCGCGUUGCGUCUCUCGUCGGAUGCCACGUGCGCGGAUGAUCCUAAUUUCCUCGAUCCGAUGCCAGACGAUGGGACCUUGCGGCCCUCGUCGUCGGCGGAGGCGGUUUCGCAUAGGUUUUGGGUACGUUUAUCCUCGUGCCUCUGUGUUUUCAUGGCUUGA